AUGGAAAAAAACACUCAAUGUUCUAUUGACAUACAAAAUCCUCUUCGUAAAAAAAGAAAACAACAAUUAGUAAUUAAACAGGAUAGCCAAGAAUUUAGUUUUAUUGAUAAUCAUUAUCGUCAAGCAGAUGUUUUUACAGAAAAUUCACGUUUAUCUCGUCAAAGAAAAAGAAAACAGGAGUUAAAAAUCAAAGUAGAUAGUUCUGUAUGUACAAUUGAAACUGGCAUAAAUAAAAGUAUGCAGCCAAGACUUAAAUCAAGGAAGCAACAAUUUAAUGUCAAAAGCGAUCAUUCUACAUUUCCUGAAGUCAAUAAAGUAACUGAAAUUGAUUUAACUAGACUGCCUACAAUAACUGACAUUUCUAUAUUACAAAACAAUCAGGUGCAGAUAGUUAGGGCUCCUUACCAAAAAAGAUGUGAUUCAUCAACCCCUGUUCUCUUAUCAGCACAACCGGAUAAUAGCCUAGAUGAAUCAGUAAUACUUGAACAUUAUCUCGGUCCGAUGAAUAUACUUUGUAUACAUUGUAAAGCAAAACAUUUUGAAUCAGAAAAAGUUUGGCAUAAAGGCAAAUCAUUCAAUGAUUGUUGUAGCCAUGGUAAAGUUAAGUUAGAUCCUUUGCCUGAGCUUCCAUUAGUAUUAAAAGAAUUAUUUACAGGUGCACAUCCAUUGUCGAAACAUUUUUAUGAUAAUAUCCGCCUGUAUAACAGUUCAUUUUCAGUUGCGUCAUUCAAUGCUAAUUUAGUUGCGUUCAGAAAUCGUCGACCCGGUCCAUUUUGUUUUAAAAUCCAAGGUCAAAUUUACUAUCAGAUAAAUACGUCUUUAUAUCCAGCUAAUAACGAUAUUCCAAGAAAUGGACAACUUUUUAUCGUUGAUUCUAAUGAAGCAGUUGACUAUCGAUUGAGUACUCAUAGAAGUUUAAAUAGGGAAGUUCUUGAAGCUAUUGAUAAUAUAAUGCGCCAACAUAAUGUAUUCGCUCAAUCAUUUCAAAUGAUGAAAGAUGAAUUAGACACAAUGACAAUAGAAAAUAAUGGUAUUGAACCAGAGUUAGAAUUACGUUUCUCUCUCAAAAAAGGACUUGACCGGAGACGUUAUAAUUUCCAGCGUGUCAAUGAAGUUGCUGCAGUAUUUUCAACAACAGCAGAUGGCGAACUUCCAGAAUCAUAUGUAACUAUACGUAAUAAACAUACCAAAGAACUUCAAUAUGUUAGCUCAAUGAAUGAGAAUGUUGAAGCUUGGACUUAUUCAUUAUAUUACCCUUACGGAACCAAGGGCUGGCAUGAUGGAAUAAGAAUGGAAAACAGCGUACGUAGAGUAACUCGAAAUGCGUACAUCAAAAAUCAAAUGGCCAUUCGAGAAGACCAUAAUAAUUACAUUAUAAUGGGACGUCGACUGUUUCAACAAUGGACAGUAGAUAAUUAUGUAAAAAUGGAAAGAGAUAGAAUGACGGUUCUACGCAAUAACCAAAAACAAAUGAGAGCUGAUUCAUAUCAAGGUUUGCUUGAUCAUUUACAAAACAGAGCAAAUGAUACAAACAGUCAGAUUGGAAAAGUAAUCAUUCUACCAUCAUCUUAUCAAGGAUCGCCACGUAAUAUGCUUCAAACAUAUCAAGAUGCAAUGGCUAUCGUUCGAAAAUUUGGCAAACCGGACUUAUUUAUUACAAUGACUUCUAAUCACAAAUGGAAAGAAAUUACUGAAAAUCUUUUGGACGGACAAACUGCUUCAGAUAGACCUGAUUUAGUUGCACGUGUCUUUGAAAAUAAAAAAAAAGAACUUUUAAACCUGAUUAAAGAUAAAAAAAUUUUUGGUGAAGUACAAGCUUAUGUUUAUGUUAUUGAAUAUCAAAAGCGUGGCUUACCACAUGUUCAUCUAUUAUUGACUUUGAGACAAAAUUCAAAAAUAACAACUCCAGCAAUUGUAGACAAAUUCAUUUCAGCUGAAAUUCCUGAUCCAAAUAAAUAUCCUCGAUUGUACGAAAUUGUAAAAAAAAAUAUGGUUCAUGGCCCAUGUGGUGACUGGUGUUUAAAUGAAAAAGAGAAGUGUUCUAAACACUACCCUAAAGAGAAUACCAAUGAAACAAUUUUGGAUGAAAAUGGUUAUCCUGUCUAUAGGCGCCGUGAUAAUGGUACUCAUACUCGCCAAGAUGGUUUCAGAUUUAAUAAUAAACACGUUGUACCUCAUAAUAGAAUAUUGUUAUUAACACUCAAUUGUCACAUUAAUGUUGAAGUUGUUUCAAAUAUUAAAGCCAAGUCAUGCAGUUGUACGAUUGCCGAUACAUCUACCAAAUCAGCAGACUUAAUGAUUGAAGACAUUAACAAUGAUGACGCAAUUAGAUCAGCACUUGGUAAAGAAUCAAUGUUAAUUGCAUAUUUUAAUUUAAACGAACAUGAUCCACAAGCAAGGCAUCUUACCUGCUCAGUAUGUAUACAAAAAAUUAGCUCAUGUCCAGAAGAAAUAGAAUUUGCAAAAUAUUUGUUAACAGUAGGUGAUGGAACAGCAAGUAAUAAUGAUUCUGAUUUGAGCUUACCAGAAUACUGUAUAGCACCUCGUGACGCUGAUAUAGCAGAAGAUAUUUAUGGAGAGGUCAUAAGAAAUAAAGAAUAUGAUAAAUUAGCAAAUUGGGCUAUUUUAUCAGCAAGAAAUGUCGACGUCGAUGAUAUAAGUAUAAGAGUUGUCGAAUUAUUAGACAAGUCAACGGAAAAAAUUUAUACAAGCAUGAAUAGUGUCAAGAAUUGUGAUAAUGGUGAGAUCCGUGAAGCGCUUUUACCCGAAUAUUUGGAAACUUUAAAUCCACCAAAUUUACCUCCUCAUGAAUUACGAUUACGACAAAAUACUGUAGUCAUGUUAAUUCGAAAUUUAUCGAUUAAUAAAGGUUUAUGUAAUGGAACAAGACUACAAAUAUUAGAUUGUUCAAAUCAUUUAUUGAGAUUGAUGACACGUAUCCGUUUGAGUUUGGAAGACGACAGUUUCCAAUUGAAUUAG